CAGACUGUGAUCGACCAGAGUUUGGCAUCAAGAUCUGGAAUAGGCAGUUGGCGAGCAGGAGGAGUUGCUCUCGUUGUCCGCGAACGAAAUUCUCUGAAGACUGAAGGCGUCGUUGAAUGAGCGACGACAAGGAGAUGGCAUCCUCUGUUGCGCAGACUGCAGUGGGGAAGGCACUGAGAGAUGUGCUGGCCAAAGUGCAAAAGGCAGCAGAGAAAGCGGGGAGAUCGCAGCCGCCGCGCCUAGUUGCCGUCAGCAAGACCAAGCCCGUCUCCAUGCUCAUGGAGGCUUACAACGCCGGCCAGCGCCACUUCGGCGAGAACUACGUCCAGGAGCUGCUAGAAAAAGCGCCCGAGAUGCCGCGCGACGUGCACUGGCACUUCAUCGGUCAUCUGCAGAGCAACAAGGCAAAGGCCCUGGUGCAAGCGGUGCCGAACCUGUACUCAGUCGAAACGGUAGAUAGCGAGAAGAUCGCGAACCACCUGAACAGGGCCUGCGAGGGCGCGCAGCGGGACGAGAAGCUCAAGGUCAUGGUGCAAGUGAACACGAGCGGGGAGGAGACCAAGUACGGCGUCGAGCCUAACGAGUGCGUGGAUCUCGCGAAGCACGUGCAUAACCAGUGUCCAAACCUGCGGUUAGCGGGCCUGAUGACGAUCGGGAUGCUGGACUACACGUCGAAACCGGAAAACUUCCAGAUGCUACUAGACUGUCGACAGCGGGUCUGUCGAGAGCUCGACUUGCCGGAGGACGACCUCGAGUUGAGUAUGGGCAUGUCGCAGGACUUCGAAGCUGCGACCGAGAUGGGGAGUACAAACGUACGAGUUGGGUCGUCGAUUUUUGGAGCACGGGACUAUUCACAAAAGUGAGCCGAACUGCACGUAUUUGCGACAAUGAUUUUGUGGCAAUCAUACAACAGGCGGCAGGAUUCCGCCAGCAUUUGGCAUGCAUUGUAAGAUUAUAAUCCCCUAUGUUUGCGAUGAUCAUCACAGAAACGUCAAAAGCUAGGCGCUUGAAAUGACAUGGUACAAACGCCAGUCGGCUUGUGGACUUUGCGUUGAUGAUCAUGCCUUCUUCAAAAUCGAUCUCGAAUCUGGCAUCU